AUGAAUAAUCAACAAAGUAAAAAUAUAACAGACGAAAAUAAAAAACCCUCUUCUUCAGCUACAACCAAUACUAUCCCUUAUUAUGGAAGCCGUGUACCUAAACAAUCGGUCAUUGAAACAGAUCGUGCUCUAUUCCAAAUGAUGGAUGCUCUAUCUUCCACGGAAAAGAAAGCGAUCAUCAUCAGAGAAGAUACUAUUAUGGAUUUAGAACAUAAUAACACUAAACAGGAUGAUGUCAAGAAACAUGGUUUAUUAUGGAAAUUUCGAAUUAUACUUGGCUCUAUGCUUAUGUUAUUAUUUGUAGCUGCAACGGUUAUUAUUAGUGAAUUAACUAAAGAUAGGACAUAA